AUGGCAAAUCAGCCUGUCCUUAUUAUAGGCGCUGGUAUCAGUGGCUUACUCCUUGCACAAAGCCUUACACAGCAUGGAGUCCCAGUCAGGGUAUUUGAACGCGAUGCAGAUCUUGAAACCCGUGGUGCAGGAUGGGGUCUCACCUUGAAUUGGUCUCUUCCUGCCUUACAAUCUCUUCUGCCAGAGGAUAUCUUCAAUCGCCUAACGGAAGCAUAUGUUGACCGGGAGGCUGUGAAACAGGGAUUCUCUUCCACCUUUCCUUUUUUCGACCUUAGCACCGGGGAAUUAAAGGCUUCGACACCUAAAGCGCCCGAGGCAAGUCGUGUUCGAGUGACUCGGCAGGGUCUCCGGGGCUUGCUUGCUACGGGAAUUGACGUUGAGUGGAACAAGGCCUUGAAGGAAUUGACUUCUACUGAUGAGAACACCACCGCCACAUUUGAAGAUGGAACCUCGGCGACGGGGCGUCUAUUGGUUGCAUGCGAUGGUAGUCACUCGCGAGUCCGACGCGCACUCUUUCCUGACUUGAGCCUACAAGAUAUACCAGUCCGAAUGCUUGGUGUCAAGCUAAAUCUGACAUCUGAGCAAGCGAAGCCCGUUCGGGACCGAGACCCUUUCUUCAUGCACAGCACUCAUUCUACAGAGAAUAUGUUUGUAUUCUUGAGCAUGCUCGAUGCUCCCGGCAAUCGCCCAGAUGAUAUCCAUCCGUAUGUUUUGCAGAUGUGCGUCUCUUGGCCUUACCGUGCUGGCUUCUUCGGCAGCGACACUCCGAUCGAGAUUCCUGGGACGGCCGAGGAGCAGCGAAAUUUGAUUCACGACUUUGCUAAGACUUGGGCUGAGCCUUGGCAGUCUCUUGCGCUGGGUGUCACGGUGGACUCUGAUAUAAAGGGUCUCAAAAUUCAGGAUUUGCCGCCACCUGCUGGUUUCCAGACAAAUAGUCGAGCCGUUCUCAUGGGCGACGCUCUUCACGCCAUGGCAAUGUACCGAGGCGAGGGUGCCAAUCAUGUUAUUUUGGAUGUUCAGGAUUUCGUCAAAGAACUCGCUCCGGCCCUGCAAGGUGGCUGCAACUACGCAAGUCUAAGGCCAGCGUUGGACAGUAUUCUUGCUCUAACAUUACGAUCAACUUUCUUCAACGUCGGCAUCAUGGCAGACACUCUUAAUCUCCAAGGCAAGGUCGCCAUCGUCACCGGCUCAGGUCGUGAAAAUGGAAUCGGUGCUGGUAUUGCUCUCGCCCUUGCUCGAAACGGUGCCUGGGUGACGGUCAACUACGUCUCUGACUCAACCAAGGACCGAGCUGAAAAUGUUUGCAACCUCCUACGUGAAGCAGGCGGUAAAGCCAUCCCGGUACAGGCCUCAGUGGAUACUAUCGAGGGCUCUCAACUUCUCGUCAACAAGACCCUUGAAGGUUUUCGAGUAGACCACAUCGACAUCCUGGUAAACAACGCAGGCAUUGCACACUUCUGCCCCAUCACUCAGGAGCCCAAUGUAGAAGAACUGACAAAGACCUUCCAACUCAACGUUCUCGGUGCUUUCUACAUGGUGCACUACACUAUUGCACACAUGCCACCUGGUGGUCGGAUUGUCAACGUUAGCUCUACCAACUCAAAGAGAGGAAGUGGUCACGUUUCUGCAUACGCCGCUUCAAAGGCCGCGCUGGAUAGUUUGACAUGGAGCUGGGCUGGAGAACUCGGUCGUAGCAAAGGUAUCACUGUCAACUCUGUCGCACCAGGCCCUGUCAUCACAGACAUCUAUCCCGAAGGAACGGAAGAGGAGCUGACUAGAGAGGAGAUCUCUCUGACUCGGGCUGCAAACCGGGCUGGUACGACUGCUGAUAUUGGCGAUGCGGUACUUUUGUUGGUGAAUGAGAAGUCGAGAUGGAUCACGGGACAGUAUAUUGGUACCAGUGGCGGAGUGACCUAUUAA